AAAGUGGACAAGACUAAGGUGAAAAUAUUUCCUAAAAAUCAAUAGAGUGUUACAGUGUACAAUACUCUUCUAAGUAUAUUUAUUAAUUUCUUUAAAUUUUUUAAUCGGACUUUUUGGCAAAUUAUCUUGUGGUAAAUAAUACGACUAUCUUCAAUGAUAAUUCGUGUGACGCACCAAUGAAAUUUCGUAGUAUGAACGAUUGAGUUCACCAAAAUAGAAUUACAGUCAGCGAGAUUUGUUCCAGAAACAUGGAUAUUAAAUGGAUCACAAAGAUCAUCAUUUGCGUCCUUUAUUGUCAAGCAUCUUGGGCCGAGCUGAGGCUCAUACAAACGAUAUUUAGACAUGGAAACAGAAUGCCAUCGAAUAUCAAAUACUAUCCGAACGAUCCUUACGUUAACUACACCUACGAACCAGCAGGACGAGGAGGUUUAACAAACGUUGGUAAACUGUCCUUGUACAAACUUGGCCAAUAUUUUCGUGAAAGAUACGACCAAUUUUUAGGGCGAAUUUACACUUCAAAAGAUAUUUGGUUCCGUGCCGAUGAGGUAGAGAGAGUCGUAAUGAGUGGACAACUAGUAGCAGCUGGAUUAUAUCCUCCGUGUGAAGAACAAAGGUGGGAUUCUAAUUUAAAUUGGCAACCGAUACCUGUAUGGACACCGCUGAAUUCGAGCGAUUGCCUGUAUAAUGGGCAAUUUUUAACAAAUUUCUAUACAUGGAGAAAUAACGUGGAGAAAACAGAUGAGACUACAGUGCAAUUUCAAAAACAGAAUAAAGAUGUUUAUAGGUAUUUAUCUGAACAUACGGGUGGUAAUAUCACACAAUCUAGAACGUUCAACUUACGUCAAUUCUUGUACGCACAGCAAGAUAUUGGUUUAAAAUUACCCGAAUGGACAAAAUCUGUUUUUCCACAUGGAAAGCUAGAUGAGUUAGCUGUAAACGAUAUUUACAUUCGGACUCGUACUCCACAAAUGAAGCAAUUAUUAGCUGGAAUGUGGAUUCGCGAAUGGCUAAAUCAUGUUGAUGAUCAUUUAAAUAAGAAUGAUACACGAAAAGCAUUUAUGUAUGCCGCACAUGAUCUAAAUAUUGCUUACAUACUUGCAGCACUAGACAAUUUUGAUAACGAAAUUCCUUACUAUGGUAGUACUCUGAUAUUUGAAUUGCAUGAAGAGGAUAACGAAUAUUAUAUUCAGAUGCUUUAUAGAAACAAGGAAAAUAUUCAAUUACUCAAAUUCCCUAAUUGUGAUGACAAAAUGUGUCCAUUGGAUAAGUUCAAAAAAUUUGUAAUGCCUAUAAUACCGACAAAUCUGGAAGAAAUAUGUGGACAGGAAUAAAAAAGUAAAGUAAUAAACCAAUGCUAAAUGGAUUGAUAAAAUGAUUUCUAUAAUAUUCUACUAUUUACUCAUAUAAAUUCAAUAAUAAAUAUUAAAACAGUGUUUAUUAAAAACAUGUCAUAUGUACUACAACUGCUCAUUAAAAUCUGAAACUUAGACUACCUAUAAA